GCGGCGGGGUCGGGUGCGCGCGGCGGCAGCUUCACUUCUCUUCGGGCAGCGGCGGCGGCAGCAGUAGCCGAGGGGGCAGCACGCAGCCCCCACCCCUCGCCUGGCCCGAGCCGGGCCGCCCGUCCGCCGUGCAGCGCAGCGCAGCGCCCGCAGCCUGAGUCGGCACCAGCCCUAGCCCUGCACCCGCUCGCCCACAGCCCAGAGUCUAAAAUGUCCACUGAAGGGCAAAGAGUUGAUGAUAGCCCAAGCACUAGUGGAGGCAGCUCUGAUGGAGAUCAACGUGAGGGUGUUCAGCAAGAGCAAGAAAGGGAGCAGGUUCAACCCAAGAAGAAGGAGGGCAAGAUCUCUAGCAAAACAGCUGCUAAACUAUCAACUAGUGCUAAAAGAAUUCAGAAAGAACUUGCAGAAAUUACAUUAGACCCUCCUCCAAACUGUAGUGCUGGACCCAAAGGAGACAACAUUUAUGAAUGGAGGUCAACUAUACUGGGGCCUCCAGGUUCUGUGUACGAAGGGGGAGUUUUCUUCCUUGACAUUACCUUUUCACCAGACUAUCCUUUUAAACCACCUAAGGUUACAUUUCGGACAAGAAUCUAUCACUGUAAUAUUAACAGCCAAGGAGUGAUCUGCCUUGACAUUUUAAAAGACAACUGGAGUCCAGCAUUAACCAUUUCUAAAGUUCUCCUCUCCAUCUGCUCACUUCUUACAGACUGCAACCCUGCUGACCCCCUGGUUGGAAGUAUUGCCACUCAGUAUAUGACUAACAGAGCAGAGCAUGACAGAAUGGCAAGACAGUGGACCAAGAGAUAUGCUACAUAGGAAUCUACUAUAGAACAUGCUGGACCUGUGCAAGCACAUUCACUAAGUGCAUCAAUAGCCCUUCUCUCCCCUUUGUUCUUAUUUUUUAUUACAUUUUGAACAAUUUUGUGACAAAAGGUUCCUUCCUUCCUUCCUUUCUGUUUUUAUUUGUAUUUGGUUCUUUGUUUGUUUGUUUUGGUUUUGGUUUUUCAUUCUGUUAACUUGAAAGUUGCUUCCCUCAAAUGUAGACAGGGAAUUUUGGUUAUCAGUGCAAAGAAUGUUGGAUCUGUAAUAGUAUAGAGCUUUGUCCCAAAGCUUUGUAUUGAUGUGUGGUUUUUUUCCUUUCAUGUGGUCUUUGGGAAAACAAACAAAUUCAGAAUUAUAUCUCGUUUCUACUUAAAUGUAGUGUUUAGGGUUAUUUUUUUGUACUGAAGUCUUUAAUGGUGGGUGCAUGCUACUGGGAACAAGUUUUGUAUAAAAGCUUAAAAUCAAGAAUCACUGUGCAUUACUAAGACUGUGUUUAUCACUAGCCUUCUGUUUCCCACACAGAAGGCUAUUGGGUUGAACAAAAUAAUAUGUAUUUUGAUUUACUUUAAAAAAAAAAAGUGCUUGUAAAUUUCUUAGGGACCUGCCACUUUUGACUGUGGAUCAGUUGAUGUACACUUGUAUUAUUAAAGCACUCAAUAAAACACUGUGGCUGAUAAAUGCACUUUUUGUAAGACAGUGCUUUUGCUUUUUGUAGAGAGUAAAUGGUAUAGCUCUGCAUGCAAUUAAACUUGCAUAAUACCAUUGCAAGUUAAGCCAUUAUGUUUAGUCCUGAACUUUUAAUUUCUCCUUGACAAUACGUUUCUUAACAUGUAGAAUUUCUCAAUAAAAUCUCGCUUCAAUAUAAGCUUUUUUUUAAUGUAGUAAAAAAAGCUACCCUCUUACUUACUGGUGCCCAGCUACCCUGAAACCUCCUAUAUAUCUUCUUUUCUACAUCCAUCUUGAUGGUAAUAGUUAAAACAGCUGGUUACAAAAAUAGCUCCACAAUGAAAGUAGAUUAUGGGCUGACGAUUUUGUUCAGCAGGGCUCAUUUUUCCUUUCCCCGGGCUCUUGUAAUUGUAAAAGCAACUGUUAUUUUAAAAAAAUUAAAUCAAGGUUUUCAACGGCAAAAUUGAGCCCACUGCACCAAUCAUUCCCAGCACGUCCCAUGGCAAGGGUAUUUCUAUUCAGAUUUGACCUUCAGGCUAAUUUUAGGUAUGCAGCCAUAGAAGGAAAACUUCUACUCAGCUAAGGAAACGUGUGGGUGUUGUGAUUUGGAAAAUAUAUACUUUGAUGCUGAUUCUAAACGCUCUUUGUGUUACAAAGGCAUCCUGGAAAAUCCCUGUCUCCUUAAUUAAACAUUACAGAUGCUGCAUGCAGCACUCUUUCUCUCUCCUAUGAAACAACUGUUAAAGUCUUGUGAGCUCAGUAUCUACAUUUAUCAGACACUAAUAUUGUCUGAGAGUCUGGUAGUCUCAGAGCUCAUAGCUAUAUUGCCAGGAUGGGGGUCAAUUGAUAGGGGGAGAAAAGUGGGUUAUAUCAAAUGACCUAACUAUUAUAUGUUUAAUAAAUAGUAUGAAAUUGUAUAUUAACAAGUAUUUGUGUGUAGUGGAAAGGUAUAUUAUCAGAUUUUUAAAUUGAAAUGUCACGUUUUUUAAAUUAAAAAGCCUGCAUUGUUUUCUGUCCUGCUUUAAUAUUUAUUGUACAUUCAUCCACCUUUUGUUAAUGUUUAAAAAAAAUUCCCUAAAUCCAUUUACAGUUUAAAUCUAUUAUUAGAGAACUACAAAGCAUAAUCAAGAUGUACUGUACCGUGUCAAAGAAAUCUAAUCUGUCAGAGCCAUGGAAAUAUUUAUAUACUUAUACCUUUAUGAUAAUUUGGCUACUGGUAGGUCUAAAGAAAUAAUCUCAAUCUGUUCUAUUUUGUAAUAUAUGUCUGAGACCUUGAAACAUUGUAGAUUCACCACUGUGUGUGUUUGGCAUUUUAUCUGUUUAAAAUAAAUAUAAGUGUGGUUUUGAAUAACA